AAUCAGCUGAUCAGUUUUAACAAACCAUGUUGAAAACUGAAAAGUGUCAUGUGAAACAUUUUGAAAAAUUAACAAAAUAAUGUAUUUAUUUUUAUUAAACGUAGCAAAAAAAUAGUAAUUAAUAAUUAUGGGUUUCUUUGAAGAUACGUUUGUUAUUCUUGUAACACAGGUUCUAUUUUUUCUAGGAGGAUGGGUUUUCUUUGUCAAAAAAUUAUUUCGUGAUUACGAAGUUCACCAUAGAUUGGUGCAAUUAAUUUUUUCCACCACCUUUUCAUUAUCAUGUACAAUGUUUGAAUUAAUUAUAUUUGAAAUUGUUGGAGUUUUAGAUUCUAGCUCUAGAUAUUUUCACUGGAAUGUCGGACUAUAUAUGCUUCUUUUUAUGGUGAUCGUGUUAAUACCAUUUUAUAUUGCGUAUUUUAUUAUCAGCAAUGUUAGUUUUGUGAGAUUAAAUUUGAUACGUCCGUUAACAAUGAUGGUCUAUCUUUUCUAUCUUUAUUUAUUCUGGAAAGUUGGAGAUCCUUUUCCCAUUUUGAGUCCAAAGAAAGGAGUGUUAUCCAUUGAACAAGGAGUGAGUCGCAUUGGUGUUAUUGGCGUAACAGUAAUGGCAUUAUUAUCAGGAUUUGGUGCUGUAAAUUAUCCGUAUUCUUCCAUGGCUUACUUUAUGCGUCCUGUAACAUAUGCCGAUGUUCAAGCAAUUGAAAGGCGACUAUUGCAAACAAUAGACAUGAUAAUUGCGAAAAAGAAGAGAAUUGCUUUAGCGAAAAAGGGCCAAGUUGGUGAUCAAACCGAGGGCAGAUCUCGACUUUGGGGAAUGUUACCAUUAGGCGGCUUAACAGGAAGUCAAGAAAAUAUAAAACAACUUCGACAGGAAGUCACUGCCUCUGAAGAAUUGUCUCGUCAACUUUUUUUGGAAGCACACGAUAUUCAAAAUGCAAGAGAACGAUUAGAAUGGGCCGCCACAUGGCAGGGGAAAUAUUUUAAUUUUUUAGGUUACUUUUUCUCUAUUUAUUGUAUGUGGAAAAUAUUUAUUUCGAUAAUUAAUAUAGUUUUUGAUCGUGUGGGUAAAAAAGAUCCAGUGACAAGAGGAAUGGAAAUAGCUGUUCACUGGAUUGGUUUCAAUAUUGACGUUACUUUUUGGUCUCAACAUAUCUCAUUUUAUCUCGUUGGAUGCAUUGUUGUCACUUCAAUCAGAGGAUUGUUACUAACAUUAACAAAGUUUUUCUAUGCGAUCUCAAGUAGUAAAUCAUCGAAUAUUAUAGUUCUGAUUCUUGCUCAAAUAAUGGGAAUGUAUUUUGUAUCCUCGGUCCUUUUGAUGCGAAUGAAUAUGCCAGCCGAAUAUCGCAUUAUAAUAACACAAGUAUUAGGAGAUCUUCAAUUCAAUUUUUAUCAUCGAUGGUUCGAUGUCAUAUUUUUAGUGUCUGCUCUGUCUUCCAUACUAUUUUUAUAUUUAGCUCACAAGCAAGCACCCACCGAACGUGCAUGAUUUGAAUGAUAAGUCAUGAAUUUUUCCAAACUUAAAUUUUAUCCAGAACCCUUUUUUUGGUUUUUUUUUUCUAAUCUCGUACAUUCCACUCGUGAUUUGUUUUGUUUUUAGAAAGCUUAAAUGACACAAGUGAGAAAAAUCAAAACAUUUUUUUAAAAAAAAGACAAUAUAUAUAAACAAUUUAAAUGAAAAAAAAAAUUCUUUUUAAACAUAACAUAUUUUUUAUUAUUAAACUAUUGCGUGUACUAUGAGAGUUUGGCAUGUAUAUAAAAAUGUACAUUAAUGAUGAAACACAUUUACAUAAAUAUUUUCAAACCUACGACGCUUAAUUACGUACAGAUAUUUUUUUUUCUUUUCUUUUUUUAUCUAUAAAGCCUGUGAGUAUCCUGAGAGAGUUUUGGAGUCUCGCACUAUUUUAUAAUGAUCACUUGAUAUUAUUAUUAAUUCUGAUGCAAUAUGUGUGUGGAAUCACAGAUGGAUGAAAUUUCACGUAGGCUGCUUUAUUCGAUUAACUGAUACUUAAUGAAUAAAAUAAAGAAGUUAAAUUAUAA